GAGUAGGGGGUGGGGGACUGGGAACGGUGGGAGCCGCUGUGUGUGGAGGAGCAGCUGCCGGUGUCAUGGCGGAGCUGAGUGAGGAGGCGCUGCUGUCAGUAUUACCGACGAUCCGGGUCCCUAAGGCCGGCGACCGGGUCCACAAAGACGAGUGCGCCUUCUCCUUCGACACACCGGAGUCCGAGGGCGGCCUCUACAUCUGCAUGAACACAUUCCUGGGCUUCGGCAAGCAGUAUGUGGAGAGACAUUUCAACAAGACAGGCCAGCGAGUGUACCUACACCUCCGGCGGACCCGGCGCCCGAAAGAGGAGGACUCCACCACAGGCACCGGAGACCCCCCACGGAAGAAGCCCACCCGGCUGGCUAUAGGUGUGGAGGGCGGCUUCGACCUCAGCGAGGAGAAGUUUGAGUUCGACGAGGACGUGAAGAUUGUCAUUUUGCCAGAUUACCUGGAGAUCGCCCGGGACGGACUGGGGGGCCUGCCGGACAUCGUCCGAGAUCGGGUGACCAGCGCCGUGGAGGCCCUGCUCUCCGCCGACUCGGCGUCCCGCAAGCAGGAGAUCCAGGCCUGGGACGGGGAGGUGCGCCAGGUGUCCAAGCACGCCUUCAGCCUCAAGCAGCUGGACAACCCCGCGCGCAUCCCUCCCUGUGGCUGGAAGUGCUCCCGCUGUGACAUGAGGGAGAAUCUGUGGCUCAACCUCACCGACGGCUCCAUCCUCUGCGGCCGCCGCUACUUCGAUGGCAGCGGGGGCAAUAACCACGCAGUGGAGCACUACCGAGAGACGGGCUACCCGCUGGCCGUCAAGCUGGGCACCAUCACCCCGGACGGAGCCGACGUGUACUCGUACGACGAAGAUGACAUGGUGCUGGACCCCAACCUGGCAGAGCACCUGGCCCACUUCGGCAUCGACAUGCUCAAGAUGCAGAAGACGGACAAGACGAUGACGGAGCUGGAGAUUGACAUGAACCAGCGCAUCGGCGAGUGGGAGCUGAUCCAGGAGUCCAGCGUGACCCUGAAGCCGCUCUUCGGGCCCGGCUACACGGGCAUCCGCAACCUGGGGAACAGCUGCUACCUCAACUCCGUGGUCCAGGUCCUCUUCAGCAUCCCCGAUUUCCAGAGGAAGUAUGUGGAUAAGCUGGAGAAGAUCUUCCAGAAUGCCCCGACGGAUCCUACCCAGGACUUCAGCACCCAAGUGGCCAAGCUGGGCCACGGGCUUCUCUCGGGAGAAUAUUCCAAGCCGACACCAGAGUCAGGCAAUGGGGAGGUGGCUCCAGAACAGAAGGAAGUGCAGGACGGCAUCGCUCCUCGAAUGUUCAAGGCCCUCAUCGGGAAGGGGCACCCCGAGUUCUCCACCAACCGCCAGCAGGAUGCCCAGGAAUUCUUCCUUCACCUCAUCAACAUGGUAGAGAGGAAUUGCCGGAGCUCGGAGAACCCCAAUGAAGUGUUCCGCUUCCUGGUGGAGGAGAAGAUCAAGUGCCUGGCCACAGAGAAGGUGAAGUAUACCCAGCGAGUGGACUACAUCAUGCAGCUGCCCGUGCCCAUGGACGCCGCCCUCAACAAAGAGGAGCUUCUGGAAUACGAGGAGAAGAAGCGGCAAGCUGGCGAGGAGAAGCUGCCCCUGCCCGAGCUGGUGCGCGCCCAGGUGCCCUUCAGUUCCUGCCUGGAAGCCUACGGGGCGCCCGAGCAGGUGGACGACUUCUGGAGCACCGCCCUGCAGGCCAAGUCCGUGGCCGUCAAGACCACCCGGUUUGCCUCAUUCCCCGACUACCUGGUCAUCCAGAUCAAGAAGUUCACCUUCGGCUUAGACUGGGUGCCCAAGAAACUGGACGUGUCCAUUGAGAUGCCGGAGGAGCUGGACAUUUCCCAGUUGCGGGGUACAGGGCUGCAGCCGGGAGAGGAGGAGCUGCCCGACAUUGCCCCCCCGCUGGUCACGCCGGACGAGCCCAAAGGUAGCCUUGGUUUCUAUGGCAACGAAGACGAAGACUCCUUCUGCUCCCCUCACUUCUCCUCUCCGACAUCGCCCAUGCUGGACGAGUCGGUCAUCAUCCAGCUGGUGGAGAUGGGCUUCCCCAUGGACGCCUGCCGCAAGGCCGUGUACUACACGGGGAACAGCGGCGCCGAGGCGGCCAUGAACUGGGUCAUGUCGCACAUGGACGAUCCAGAUUUUGCCAACCCCCUGGUCCUGCCGGGCUCCAGCGGGCCGGGGUCCACGAGUGCCGCGGCCGACCCCCCUCCUGAGGACUGCGUGACCACCAUCGUCUCCAUGGGCUUCUCCCGGGACCAGGCCCUCAAAGCGCUGCGCGCCACGAACAACAACCUAGAACGGGCUGUGGACUGGAUCUUCAGUCACAUCGAUGACCUGGACGCCGAGGCCGCCAUGGACAUCUCCGAGGGCCGCUCAGCCGCCGACUCCAUCUCGGAGUCCAUACCCGUGGGACCCAAGGUCCGCGAUGGCCCCGGAAAGUAUCAGCUCUUCGCCUUCAUCAGCCACAUGGGCACCUCCACCAUGUGCGGCCACUACGUCUGCCACAUCAAGAAGGACGGCAGGUGGGUGAUUUACAACGACCAGAAAGUGUGCGCCUCGGAGAAGCCGCCCAAGGACCUGGGCUACAUCUACUUCUACCAGAGAGUGGCCAGCUAGGCGCCCGGGACCCCUCGCGGCGGAGGGCAGGGGCCACCGCCAGG